AUACGUACAGAGGUAUGUUUUUAUUACCUAAUCAAUUUGAAUGACAAUGUGGAAUAUAAGUCUGUACCACUGUGUCGUGUUUCUUUCAUGUCUGGGUCUAUAUCAGUCAUGUUGUCCGGAAGGCUGGGUAAAGGGAAGGAACUCUUGCUACUAUCCCAGUAGUGAAAGUGCCAGCUGGCUGGCAGCGUCGGCAAAAUGUCGAGCCAUGCAAAGUAACCUCGUGAUAAUUAACGACCAUGAUGAAAAUCAUUUUGUGACUGGUAUGAUUAAAGAGUAUAUUCAGGCAUAUAUCCACAACUUCUGGCUUGAUGGCACAGAUGCUAAUCAUGAGGGACAUUUUAUAUGGCACUCUACAAAUCAGCCUCUUCAUUACAAUAACUGGAAUGUACAUGAACCGAGCGGAGGAAAUGAAAACUGUAUAGAAAUGUUAGUCAAAGAAUAUGCCACUCCAAGCACAAUUGGAAAGUGGAACGACAAAAUAUGCUCUAACCUUAAUCACUUUGUAUGUGAAAGAAGCGUUGAUGGUUCUUGAUCAUCUACGUCAUUUGAGGUCAUUUUGUAAAAAAAAAAAUUAAAUUAAAUCAUACCAGCACUU